AUGCAUUUGGUCUACACAGUCAUGACUCCCAUAGCCAAAUCCUUCUAUGAUCUCAGUGCCACUGACCUCCAAGGGGAUAAAGUGGACUUCAACAAUUUCAGGGGAAGAGUGGUUUUGAUAGAGAAUGUGGCUUCCCUCUGAGCCACCACAGUGAGGGACUACACCCAGAUGAAUCAGCUGCAGAGCAAAUACCCUCGACGGCUGGUUGUACUGGGUUUUCCUUGCAAUCAGUUUGGCUAUCAGGAGAACUGCACAAAUGAAGAGAUCCUCCAUAGCUUGAAAUAUGUGAGGCCUGGGUCUGGGUUUGAACCCAACUUUACUCUUUGCCAGAAGUGUGAGGUGAAUGGCAAGAAUACCCACUCUGUCUUUGCCUACCUGAAGGACAAACUCCCUUACCCAGAUGACAAUCCUUCCUGCUUCAUGAUGGAGCCAAAGUUCAUCCUAUGGAGCCCAGUGCAUCGCUACGACAUUUCCUGGAACUUUGAGAAGUUCCUAGUAGGACCUGAAGGAGAACCUUUCAAGCGCUACAGCCCCAAGUUCCUCACCAGCAGCAUUGAGCCUGAUAUCCAGCGCCUCCUGAAGCUUGCCAAAUAAGAAAAAAGCAGAAUCCCCAACAUUAUAUAAGUAUCCUUCACAUAGGUCAGAAAAAUGACUAGGAAUUCCCAGCACCGUAAUCAGAAAUGUCUUCUUUCUGUCUUCUGGUGUUACCACUCAAAGAAACAGUCAUGCUCAAUUGUUUUUUUCCCCUCUCUCCCUUUCUCUCUCUCUUUUUCUGAAUGUAUGAGGUACUUUAUCCUAGCAGAGGCAACAUCAGACUUCUACUGAGUGACAGUCUCCUCUAAAAGCUUCAAGGAGGAGGCUUGAAAAGUGUAAAAGUGCUGAUUCCUUGGCUCUCUCCUUUGCUGAGUACUGUUUGUUUCCCAAGUCAAAUAAAUGAGUUGAAGAACUUCUUUCUCCUCUGAUUAUUUUUAAACCAAGCUGCCAUUAAUAUCAUCCACUCUGAAAAACUUGUUUUUGAA